AAGACAUCAGAAUCGAACCGGUAAAAAUGAGCAGUCAGCACCAAUAUAUGAGUGUGAACAACACCAGCACUGGCUCCCGAGUGGUGGGCGACAUUGAACAUAUCAGUCACCUCUCAGAGCACAUAGGGUCACUAUGCCUUUCAUCAGAAUACUCAGAUGUUACUCUCAUAGUAGAGGGUCAUAGGAUACCAGCACACAAGGUGAUCCUCGCGGCAAGCAGUGACUACUUCCGUGCGUUGCUUUAUGGUGGCAUGCGUGAAUCUAAUCAGACUGAAGUGGAGUUACAAGCACCAUUGCAGGCAUUCAAAGCUUUACUGCGCUAUGUUUAUUCAGGUCACAUGGGUCUUUCGCUACUGCGUGAGGAUACAGUGCUGGACAUGCUGGGUUUGGCGCAUCAGUUCAAUUUUCAGGAACUGGAGCAGGCGAUCUCGGACUACCUGCGGCAGGUGCUGGCACUGAGGAACGUCUGCGCCGUGCUUGAUGCUGCCAGACUGUAUGGACUGGAUGCUCUGUUAGACUACUGUUACAAUUUCCUCGAUAGAAACGCUACAGAUAUUCUGCAACACGAGUCUUUUCUUCAACUGUCUGUGGAAGCGCUGCAAGGUCUACUCGAGCGCGACUCGUUUUUCGCGCCCGAAGUAGAUAUUUUCAAGGCAGUUUGCAGCUGGUUCAACGCUAACCAAAUCUGGGUCAAGUCAGAAAGUGGGCAGGCGCAAGUGGAGAAAAUAUUAAAAUGCGUGCGGCUAACCCUGAUGAGCCUGGAAGAGCUGCUGACAGUGGUGCGUCCUUUCGCGCUGGUUACACCCGAUAUGCUGCUCGACGCAAUACAAGAGAAGACACAGACGAAGAGCACGGAUUUGAAGCAUCGAGGGGUCCUUUUGCAAGAAGAGAACGUGGCGACGCCAAAGCGCGGGGCGCGCGUCAUCUCCGGGGACAUGCGGUCGGCGCUGCUGGACGGCGACACCGACACCUACGACAUGGAGCGCGGCUACACCCGGCACACCAUCAGCGACGCGGCCGACAACCCCGGCAUCAUCGUGCGCCUGGCCACCACCACCAUCAUCAACCACGUUCGGCUGCUGCUCUGGGACCGCGACAACAGAUCAUACGCGUACUACAUCGAGGUAUCAGUGGACCAGAAGGACUGGGUGCGCGUGAUCGACCACAGCAACUACUUCUGCCGCUCCUGGCAGAAUCUCUACUUCGAGCCACGUGUCGUGCAGUUCAUCAAGAUCGUGGGCACCAGCAACACUGUCAACAAGGUGUUCCACGCGGUGGCGAUGGAGGCGAUGCACACGGCGCGCGUGCCGCCGCUGUGCAACGGGCUGAUCAAGCCGCAGCACAACGUCGCCACCGUGGAGCUGUCCGCCGUGGUCAUCGAGGGCAUCAGUCGGUCCCGCAACGCGUUGUUAAACGGCGACACGGAGCACUACGACUGGGACCAGGGCUACACGUGCCACCAGCUGGGCUCGGGCGCCAUCGUGGUGCAGCUGGCGCAGCCCUACCUGCUUUCGUCCAUCCGCAUGCUGCUAUGGGACUGCGACUACAGGCACUACUCGUAUUACGUCGAGACCUCGCUCAACUAUUGGGACUGGGAGAUGGUCUGUGACCGCACAAGGGAUACUUGCAGAUCAUGGCAGGUGAUUUAUUUCUCGCCGCGACCAGUGUCCAUUAUUCGUAUCGUCGGAACAAAUAACUCUGUCAAUGAGGUAUUCCACCUAGUGCACCUGGAGUGCCCGGCGCAGGUGGAGGAGGUGCAAGACCCCGCCGCCAAGAAGCAGCGGCCUUCCCCGCCCAGUGAGAAUCGUCUUAACCCUAGCAGCACCGGCAACGGCGGCGAGGCGCCGACUGACGCGUCUCUCCGUCGAAGCACUAGUUGUUAAUUCUACUAAUGACACUUGCACGAAUUUAUAAACUAUCUACGGCGAUAGAUAAAAAACAGCGCUAUUUUUGUAAUUUGUCACGUAUCUGGCUUAACGUUUGUAACUCGAUUUAUAUCAUGAACGUAACAAAUAUUCCAUUAAUUAUAACGUGAAAAGUAGGCAACUUGGACAGAUUUUUUAUGAACUUUUAGAAUAUUGAUUUGACGUAAGGACUAAUUUUCAACUGUUAACUUCUUUGUAACAAUGUACUGUCCCUAUAAUAAGUGGUUCCGAAAUAUUAUGCAUAGUUCGCGUAACAAUUUGAAGUUACAGUUACGAGUCAAAUAUCGAAGAGUUUCCAGCUUUAAAAUAAAAUAGCUAAAGGUAGCGUAAUUUUGUGUGGCGACAGUACAGAACUUGCCCUUUUAGGCUACUAGUUAUUUAGUGUGUAAGCUAAUAUUUUCUAGUCUUAUUCUGUUAUCCUGCAUGUUGUGUUUCUCUAUAAUGUUAACGUAUUAUAGCAAUUUCUAAUUAAUUACUUAAAAAUAUAAAGUUAGGUUGACUAUAGUUUUCUUUAGUAGGUUGUGAAUAAAGUGAUGUAAUAAAUGGUAUUUAGUUAGGAAUUAACUAGUAUAUAUUUAGUGCAGGUGUAAACGAGUGAAGGACUGACCAUAUGGCAAAUGCAAAACUGAUUAACACUUAUAGAAGAAAAUAUAGCUUAUUAUUUUUGCUAUUUCCGACUACUACCUACUGAAACAAUUUUAUGAAAAGGCGUUCGACAAAAGUUUUUAUUUUUAUAAAUGAUUAUGUUUAGAUUUCACUUUAGUAUACUUCUACAAUCUAGAUAUGUAUUUGCCAAGAUCUCUUGGGGUCAACAGGUAAACUAAUGCUUGAUGGUACAAUAAACACUACUAGCAUGGAUACCGUUUUCAUCGUGUCAAAGUAAAACAGCGAGUGUGCACUAAUUGUGUUUUCUGCAUGAAUAAAACAACAAACGCCGUCGAGUUAUAUUUGAAUGUUUAUUGAUCCUGUUAUGUUACAAAAAUUGUCUUGUAAGAAUCGAUGUCCUUAUCGCACUUAAGUGUUAGCUUAUUAUUUUAAGGGACUUAUUUUCGUAUUAAUGAAUGCUAUUAUAUGUUGGGAUGAGGAAAAAACUAGGACAAAAAGGCAGGCAGUUUCCUAAACACUGAUAUAUAGAAGCAAGUGCUCAUGGCAUAGACUGAUUUUGAUGUUUUUAUUACUUAAAUAUCUUUAUUGAUAUUUGUUUAAAAUCUCUUCAGUAGCUUAUUAUUUGGAUAACAUCUGCAACAAGUUCUGCCUGUCAAAUUGGUAAAUUAAGAAUGUACUGUGAUAGACCACGGCUUGGAAUGGGGAAUGUACAAUUUUAACAGCACAUCAACUAUACACUUGUUUAAAUAUCCCAUCCAAUGCAAAUGAAAUGCAAAAGAACAAGAUCUGUCAAUGUGUGACUUGAUGUGCUGCUCUCUGUACUAUUGAGUAGAGUAAGCUAUUAUAGAGCUUUUAAUUGUUCUAAUAAAAAUUGGAUC